UGAGUAUAUUAGUCGUGAAGCGUCUUUCCGCCAACAGUUAAGCCAAGGACGCCGCCAUGAAGUCACUCCUUGUCAUCUUCCUCCUCACGCUCGCUACACCCAAGGCUUCUGGGUUUCUUGAUGGUUCCACGGAAACGAAGCUCUUCUCAGAGCAUCAACAAGAAGACUGGCUAUUCAACGUUAUAGGUGAUGGACGCAACCACCUUCUUGAUUUUGUCAAAAGUGUGGACCAGCGUGGCAUUUGGUUUUAUUACGAGAAGGAGAAUUUUAAUGAAACGCCUGGGAAGAUGUACCUGAUCUCUGGGGACAGCGUCACUGCGGACCUCCCUGCAGACUUCCCUCACAUCAUUGGGUCUCUAAGGCCAGCCCAGCAGUUUCUGGCGUUUGGGCAAGACAUUAUCAACGUAUACGAAAAAGGAACGUUCACAGGCAAAAGCGACUAUUCGAAAGAAGACCUGCCGAAGUUCAAAAUAGGGGAGGCCGCUUCGCUUGUCAUCACUUCAUACAAUCCAUGGACCGUAUACACCGGCGAAUACUACACCGGAGACUCCUUGUGCGUGACGCCCUACACAGACCUGAACUUGACAUCCAACCCGCCAGUCCCCAUGGUCGGCUACUACCCCUACAUAUCCAAGAUGGGCGUACCCAUGACCAUCAAGUCAGCGAGGCAUGGAUGCUACUCUGAUGACGUUGUACAGCCGGCGCCAGUGAUAAAACUGGACGGACGCACCGAGGCUGGAGGCUGGGGGCCCAUCGUGUAGUGCUCGAGGCCCCAGCACGACCACCGCCUGGCCCUACACACUCUCACCUGAUUGCCAAUGUCUGGGUUCAUUACAGCGACGUUCGAUUUUCUUCACUAUAACAAUACAGGUGACAAUCAGAUGUUUCGUCUCAAUAAAGUGGGAUAAAAGAA